CAAGGGGGACGAACCAAAUGAACCAAAACUUCCGGGUUAACAGAACGGUAGCGCAGGGUUACCCGAAAACGGUCUGAAUCGUGAUUACCAAAAUGAAGACACUUUUGAUAUCACUGUGCAUUUGCGCCUUCGCUUCAGCCCGACCAGAAGCCGGCUACAGCUAUCCAGUACCAGCUGGACCAUCCCUUUCUCUUCCCGGUCCCAGCAUUGGAGGCUCCCACGGGAUUUCCAGUAUCAACCUGGGAACAGGAGGCAGUCAUGGUGCAGACAUCAGCCACAUCAGCUUGACUACUUCGGGAGCCGGCAGCUUAGGAGGACACGGAAGCUCCUAUGCAGGCUCUGGACCUAGCUACUUAUCCGGAGGGUCCUCCUAUGUCCCGGGUGGCUCCUACAGCGGAGGCUCUGCAUUGCUCUCCGCAGGACAUGGCGGAAGUUCCUACACUGGUGGUUCGUCGCUCCUAUCUGGAGGCCAUGGUGGCUCCUCCUUCGGCGGAGGUUCAUCACUGUUAUCAAGUGGACACGGCGUAGGCUCUAUCUCCGGAGGAUCUCUGCUCAGUGGAGGUCAUGGCAGCAGCUCGUUUGGUUCCGGCAGUAGCUCCUUUGGUUCAGGCAGCAGCUCCUUUGGUUCAGGCAGCUCAGGUUUCUCAGGUUCUUUCUCCGGUGGCAACAGUUUCGGUUCCUCUGCUUCUCUUGGAAACAUUGGAGGAGGUUCCACUAUUGUCCAAAAGCACAUUUACGUCCAUGUGCCACCACCAGAGCCUGAAGACUUCAGACCCCAACGCAUUAUCCCUGUAGCGCCAGCUCAGAAACACUACAAAAUCAUCUUCAUUAAGGCUCCAUCAGCUCCAACUCCCACUGUGCCAGCCAUUCCUUUGCAGCCUCAGAACGAAGAGAAAACGUUGGUGUACGUUUUGGUAAAGAAACCUGAAGAGGCUCCAGAAUUGUCUAUACCCGCGCCAAUCCCCACUCAGCCAAGCAAACCAGAAGUCUACUUCAUUCGCUACAAGACUCAAAAAGAAAGUUCUGGCGGCGUGGGCAUUUCCGGAUCUUCGUCCUUCUCCGGCAGCGCCAUCGAUGACAGUAGUGCAGCUCUGGCUGGAUCCGGAAUUUCCGGUUUAUCCGGCAAUUUGGGAAGCAUUGGAAGCAUAGGAAGCUUAUCUUCUUCUCAUGGUGGCAGCUCCAGUAGCUCUUUCAUUUCCAGCUCGUCUGGAGGCAGUUUGAGCUCCUCCUAUGGCCCCCCUGGCCAUGUCCCCGGGCCAUAUUAAUUCGAAUUACGGAAUAGUGAUGUUGAGGUUACAGGACUUAUACAGUGGCUGACAGUGAUCGCGAUUUACUCAUUUUGUACAUAAGCCCAUCCUAGGUUUAGCUCCAUGUAUGUUAUGUCUUACUUUUUGGGCGAAAAGUAUUGUUUAAAUAACCCCCUUUUCUAAGUCUUUAUGUAGUUGUAUUGUGAUACGGUGACAAAUGUAGCGUGUAAGUUUUAUUUAAUGAAAUAAAUUAUUUUUUUUAAA